GUGUGCCCGAGAGUGGUGUUUUUGGAAGCACGUGAUGGGAUGGCGGCAGCAUCUGGGACCGGUUGGAGUAUUUUUGCUAUUUGUCUGAAGUUUAGGCAGUUGCAUCUGGCAUGGAGCGGAGUGCUGUUGUUGGGCAUAAUAACGGAAGUGAUCUUGGCGGCUUUCGUGAUAAAGGUGGACCUCUCACAGCCCCAAAGGGAACUGAAGCACUUUUGGAAAAGCACAGGAUAUUGUCCUCCUCUGCCACACAAUAGAGCCGAUUUGUUUGAUCUGAGUAAAGACCAGAUCCUUAACCUGGCCUACAUUUCAUCUGUGCCUCACAGUGGCAUUGAACAAGUGCGAAUCCAUUGGCUGCUGGAACUUAUUCGAGUCGGGGUGACAAAUGGGACACUUCAUUACAAUUUCACCAACCUGGAUAACUUUAUGGACGUUCUCUGGCAAAACAAACUAAAUCCAGGAUUUGAAUUGAUGGGUAGUCCUUCAGGCUACUUCACUGACUUUGAAGACAAAGAGCAAGUGAUACUGUGGAAGAACUUGAUUGCUCAGUUGGCCAAAAGAUACGUAGAGCGGUAUGGGUUGAAACAUGUCACAAAGUGGAAUUUCGAGACCUGGAAUGAGCCCGACCACCAUGACUUUGACAACGUGUCAAUGACAGCCCAGGGAUUUCUGAACUACUAUGAUGCCUGCUCAGAAGGAUUAAGACAGGUCAGUUCUCUGCUGAGACUUGGAGGCCCUGGAGACUCCUUUCACCCCUUCCCCAAAUCCCCUCUGUGCUGGAGGCUGCUCAGUCACUGCCACAACGGAACAAAUUUCUUCACAGGAGAGAGGGGGGUGCGGCUGGACUAUAUUGCCAUGCACAAGAAGGGUGCAGGGAGUUCUCUUCGCAUCUUGGAACAGGAAGUAGAAGCUGCAGGACAAAUCCAGAAGCUCUUUCCCCGUUUCACCUCCCUGCCCUUAUACAACGACGAGGCAGAUCCCUUGGUUGGGUGGUCGGUUCCCCAGCCGUGGAGGGCAGAUGUCACCUAUGCAGCUCUGGUGGCGAAGGUUAUUGCCCAGCAUCAAAACCUUCUGAUGGCUAAGCCCAAUAACACCAUCAACUACACUUUGCUGAGCAACGACAACGCGUUUAUGAGCUACCAUCCCUACCAUUUCACCCAGAGGACGCUGACGGCCCGCUUCCAGGUGAACAACACCAAACCACCUCAUGUCCAGAUGGUGAGGAAACCGGUGCUCACAGUGAUGGGCUUGAUGGCGCUGCUAGGAGAAGAACAAGUGUCUGUUGACAUCUCCAGCCUUUCGUCUGACCACUCUGAUACCAUAGGAGCCCUAGCCAGCCUGCACAAACCCACUGCACCACAGGUGUCGGACAGCUGGCAGGCAGCCAUAUUGCUAUAUUCCAGUGAUGAUAACCAGACGUCCUCCAACGUCACUGCCUUGACAAUAAAUGUAACUGGCUACCCCUUCCACAAAGACCUUGUAUACGUGACUUACUACAUGGAUAACAACCUGACCAAUCCAUAUCUGCAGUGGAAGAAAUUGGGAGCUCCAGCUUUUCCUUCACCGAAGCAGUUCCAAAAAAUCCGAGAAGCUGAGGACCCUGUGGUGAAAGGGCCAUUUCCCCUUCCUGAAGAUGGCAGUUUGGUAGUGAAACAAGAGCUUCCCGUUCCAGCUCUCUUUCUCCUCCAUAUUUGUGCAAGACCUCUCACUGGUCCUGACCAGGUGAGCAGCGUUCGCCUCAUUGGUCUCAUGAGGGGACAAGUUUUGGUUCUGUGGGACGACAGUUGUGUGAAUUCAAAGUGUCUGAAAACGUAUGAAGUCGUCUUCUCACGAGAUGGGAAAGCUUACCAUCCGAUCAGCACAAAAGACAGUCUGUUUACAAUGCUGGUCUACAGUCCAGGAACAGGAGUUAUGGGGUUUUACAGAGUGCGUGCCAUCGACUACUGGGGCAGAAAAGGGCCACUUUCCCUGCCAGUAUACUAUCACGAAGAGUCUUUAAAAAACGAGAAUGUUCUAACGGCAAAGCAGAAAUUAGAGUCUUAAGUCUCCCGACGGGCAGCUCUUUCAAAAUGGAAGCUACACCCCUUGCAGCCGUUUUGUCUCGUGCUUCUUCCCCUUGGCCACCUCCUCAUUCUUCAGCCUUCUGCCUUCAACCUCGUGAUCACGUGCAUUCAUUGACAGGCUGAGAUUCUUACAUUGGAUGUCUCCAGGCCCCCCCCCCCCCCCCAAGAUCAGGAGGGUUGUCAGUGCCAGGCCCACCAUUAAGUGAGGUGGGUGCCUCCUUGUCAGCUUUGGGAUGCUGUUUGAGUGGCAGAUCAGUUACUUAUUGUCAAGAGCCAACUGGGAAGUAGAAAACGGCCCUGGAACAAACCCAGAUGAGCACCCCUGUGGUGCUGCAACCCACCACUGCAGGGGCUGCUGGAUUCAUUGGCACCAACAGCGUUUAUUGACUCACCCUAUGCCUCAUCUUACAAAAUGGAAAUUCUGGAACUGGCGUCAAUUACCCAUGGAGAGUCUGAGCCAACUGAGUUUCCCCCAAAGCUCUGGCAGAGUUGCUGGCGCUCUCUAAGACAGUGGCCUACCUGGAAAUUUCCCCGUAAGUUUAAAUGGCCAUUCCUCCCCUGCGUAUUGUAUUCCUGUUUGGCAUGCCCACAUAUGUUGAGAAUGCUUUGUGUCUCAACUGCCAAAAUGAUGAAGGCUCUUCUUACAUAGCAGCGUUGCCAUGUUCGAUCCAAGUCCAGGGUGUAUCAACGAGGGUCCCACUAAGGAACAUUCCCCCCCUCCCCCAAGUCUAUAAGGAGGGGAGAGAAGGCUCCUUCUGGAACUUUCUGGAACUUCCUGUCACAGAUACACUCAGUAGUCCACUUGUCCUGUAAUGUCAAGGAAGUCGCAUCUCCACCAUCUGUUAACCUGAGCCUCGAGGCAACUAAGCCUCCAUUCUUGCUGGGAUGAGAAUGCAGAAACGACGCAGCUAAAUAUUUAUGCAAGGAGAAAAGACGCUGGGAAGCCCUUGCUGAGUAACAGGACUUCUGGCAUGGGUGAAGUUUAUUCAGAUGGACCCCUUGGGGAAGGAGAGGAAACCAGAUGUUUGUAAAAUAUUUCAUUUCACAAAGUGCUGGCAUUCACCGCUAAAGAGCAUGGUGUUCUCAUGUACUAUUGAUUGAAAGAGAGUCCUGACAGAAGGACAGCAUUCUGGGUACUACAAGCCCUGAAAGAGAAGAACUUUUCAGAUCGAUUAGAGGUGUAUUUCCUCAGUACCCCAGAAGGAAGGACUACCAAAGAAAAACAGAGACACCUCCCUCCCCAUCCUUUGCUCUUUGAGCUGUUAAAGGUAACUGUUUCUAUCUAGUACUCAGUAGUUGCAAUCCCUUACUUCCAGCUAAUGUUCUCCAAGUGUGAAGGGCGGGGCUUUCUAAGGAGGCCCAUAGGCCAGGUUCUCAGGUGAGCCCCUUGGGCAAGACAGACUGGAGGCCAGAGUCUCACCAAAGGCUGGUGGCAAGGUAGGGAACCUUGUGCCCACCAUCAGUAACCUUAUCAUCCAGCUUGGAGGGAGAUGAAUAAGAUGUUUAUGACAUGCAAUAUAUAUUUCCCAUUGUCUGAACCAAGUAAAAACUUUAAACCACAUUGUUUUCUUCUGUCCUAAGUAUUCAAACAUCAGAUACUUAUUACCACAGUCCAUGUACCACAAAGCACUAACUUGUCCAGCUGACUUGCAAAUGAACUUCCUUCUCAACAGCAAGAAACAGGAGACACUGGAAAAGACGGCUGAAUUUCUCCUGCCAGUGAUUGCUGUACGGAAUCCAGGAAAACAGAAAGGAACACGGCCUGCUGAAAUUACUGCAUUAUUUUAUUUAUUCUUUCAUUUGUAUGCCUAAUACAGGUUAUUGGUGAUGAUGACAUGCAAUAUACAGCAAAACACGUCUGUGCUAGAAGUUCUCUGUACAGAUCAGAGAAUCAACACCGAAGUAGAAAGUCGUUGCUUAUUGCGUCUGAUGCGCGCAGCUUGGCCUAAGACUGGGCACACAUCCAGGUCAGACAAUUGAUGUGAUUUUGUUCCUGUAAUGAUACUGAUUAGCUAUAAAAUGUAUAUGCUGAUGAAAGUGAGAACAGGCCAGGGGCUUGUUCUGCUUUGCACUCUCAGGAUUUGGCACCGGCAUCAUUCAUUAGACCAGCUGUCCCCCAUGUGGAUUUUUGCAGAGGCUUUCUUCUUCGGCGUUGAUUCUCUGAUCUGUACCGAGAACAAAUGCAUAGAUGCAUUUUGCUAUAUAUUGCAUGACACUUACUAAAUGGCACAGUUCACUUAGUGCUUCUGCUUGUAUAUUAAAGCCUUAAGCAGCCUGGGUAUCAUGGU